CUUUGACCCCCAGGUGUUGCCAGGUGUGUUCUGAAGUUGCCAGUUCCCGAGUUUUGCACCCUCCCACGCAUGGUUGACUAUCGGGGCAAAGCUUUACGUGAUUUCGUAAGGCUUUGUCGCGAUAGUCAACCAUGUGUUGGAGGGUGGCUUUUUGCAGCGGAAGAAAUCGUCGCUUCUGAUCAAGGUUUCCAGCAAAAUCUUGGAAGGCAUUGAUGUCAAAAUCAAGACAGUUGAAUUACAUGGGAAGAAAAUCAAGCUUCAAAUAUGAUCCGGAUCCCUGUUCUCUCACUUCUGUUGCCAGACCGGGAAGAAGAGUUGAAGUAAAAAGACUCCAGACGACAGUCUCACCGUGAACGUCCUACCAGAAAACUCAGUCAGAGGUCCAUAUAGCAGACUGUGCAGCCGUGUGUAGCUGAUGACUUCUGAAUGAUUCUAAAGAUCCACUGACGAAUUUACUCAAGAUAAAUAGUUGAACCUUGAAAGGACAGCAACAAAAACAAUCCAGGUGACUGAAAGCAAAGUAUAGUGUAGGCAGCGCUUAGUCAUAUACGCGAUGAGGACGUCAAAAGGACUACGUUUUGCCAUUUUACUGUGCCUCCCUGCACUAGCUCUUAUAACCUUUAUCGUCAUGGGAGGGAUCGACAACAAGAAGAGUCCUGUCAUCUUCCUACGUAACAGAGCCGUAUCAAAAGCACAAACAAAAGAGGUGAAAACCCCACCCAAAAAGUCACAAAAGACAACUACAGUUGACAUGCGUAUGUCAAGAGUCACCACUGCUGCCAACAUGUCGGUAUCUGUUUUUAAUCGCAGCCAUGUGUAUCAAGUUGCAGAUACACUUUUAUUAAAAAUUGUCGCAAGAGAUGCAAACGGACGCCCGAAAUCCUACGGCCAAGAUUUCAUGGUUGCAAAGGUUUACACAGAGUCUCCGAUAAAAGCAUGUACUGGCGGAAGAAUAACGGAUUAUGGAAAUGGAACUUACAUUGCAAGGUUUCUCCUGAGUUGGCCUGGAAAUCUAGCGGUUUCUGUCAAAUUGAUACACUCCAGUGAAGCUGUGCAGGUUCUAAGGAGUGCUCGAGACUUAUUUUCGGACAGACGUAUUACCUACUGUAGAUUUCUUGAUAAAAAAUCUAACAUUUCGGAAUGGACCCGAUGUACUUUCGAUCCAAACAGCAAAAUGAAUCCUACUAAGAUAUGUGAUUUUUCUCAAAGAAAACAAAAUGUUACAUGGGUAUGCCAAAAGCCAAAAGAUAUUCACUGUGACUUCAUGGUGGCAUGUAAAAAUAAUAGAGAGGUCGGCGUGGAACUUCUUAAGAAGAUGAUCACUGAUGAAGAUGCUUUACUUUUCAACAGUUCACGCGUCAACCAGGAAAUUCCGAAUGACUUAAGGAUUACUGUGGAAAGAAGCCAUAACCCUGAUCCGCUUAAAGGACGACAUCUGCCACCAUGUGGUCCACGUCUGCCGGAGACAACAUCUGAAGGGUAUUGGUACAACAACAGUUGGAAUUCCCUACGGUGUCACUCUCACCAAUCCCUUUCGUCAUUGUCCAUCUACAAAUGCCUCCAGAACAAAACAUUCCUUAUACUAGGUGAUUCAACAGCAAGGCAAUACUACACGUAUCUAAAACAAUUUGAUGACAGUAUAAAAAUAGAUUUUAUAUUCCAUAACUUUCCACGGACGCAUGAUAGCAAUUAUAUAAAGAGCCUUAGUUAUGCCGCUGAUAUGAUCGAUCGUGUUGUCGGGGGACCAAAUGUAGUUGUCAUUCUUAGUAUAUGGGCACAUUAUACUGCUUUGCCCCUAGAGACAUUUAGAUCACGUGUUUACGGAAUUCGUCAUGCCAUUGAGCGUUUACACAAGAAGUAUCCUGACACAAAGGUUAUCUGGAGAACUGGUAACCUUCGGGAACAUAAGAUAUUAGUUCACUUUCUACACAACAGUAACUGGUUUGCAUAUCAGUUGGUGCUUGAAGCCAAGCGAAUUCUCAGUGGCCUCAACAUAUUCAUUAUGGAUGUUUGGGAGAUGUCUAUAUGCACUAAUUACCUUGUACACCCAGAGCCUAAUGUUAUCAAAAAUCAUAUUGAUUUGAUAUUUUCAUACAUAUGCCCUGGUUUCAUAAAAGAUUUGUCAAGGUUAAAAUAAAUCAAUUAUGCUUACUCGUCCCAAAACUAAAACACGAUAAGCCGCAAGCUGUUCGAUAGCACAAUCGAUAGCACAAUUAACUCACACAACCAAGACCCAUUCUGCCCGCCAGUACGUCACAGUAACAUCCCAGCGACCGCUCUUAUUAAAGGCAUAAUAUACAGAAAGUGUGGAUAAAGUUGAACUGUAAUUUCCAACGAAAGAAACUGGAUUUAUAGGUCAUUUUCGACCCCAGUCCUUGAGGAACACUGAAUGACUUCUAACAACACAGAAAAAAAAUUUAAGGUUAAUACACACAGAGGAUGGAGGAUUAGAUAUGUUAGAUAUACAUGUAAAAUGUAAACGCCUACAAGCUGCAGGGUUCCGAAGGAUUAUUAUAACUCCACAGGACCCUAGCUGAAUCUGUAGGUGGCAAUUGAUACCUUUUUAUUUCUUUAAUAAGAUUGAGAACAACCUUUGGUCUUUCGACAUAGUCUGAUUAUUUUUCAAAUUACGCCUAAAUUACCCACUGCCCAACAUUAUUGGAACAACGUAUGUCCCAAUCUGAACUGGAGAAAAGCCUGGACAUUACAAACUGUUGACAUUACACCGAAUAAGCUUAAAGAAUUUAAUUUUUUAGAUAUCACAUGCAAUAUUGCCCUGUAAAUUCCUGCUAAAUAGAUAGAGAAGAGCCCAGUAUGUGAAUUGUGUUACAAAGAUGAAGACUAGGUACGUAUGUAAAUUUAAGGUGGCCGGUUAAAGGGAUACUCGGAUAGAAUAGCUGUACAUGUUGAACAGGAUAAGAUUACGUUUAACUUAGAUUUUUUUCUUUCUUCUUGAAACAUUUGUAUUACUCUAGCUAAAUACGCAAUUUUUGUCUUGAAUAAAACAGACGAUAAUCCCAUACUUCUUAAACAUGGCAACAUACAUAUUUUUCAAACCUUGUGCGAUUUCUAUUGUUGAUAUGUUUUAUAACACAGUGCUAAUCUAAAGGAAACAUGUAAAAGAGUGAAAUGUGUAUGUAACACGUUAUCCGUUGUACUCUAAACUGACUGAAAUAUGUAUGUACUGAAAUACGUAUGAAACACGUUACCAAUUGUACUCGAAA